AUGUCAUUGGUGCAUCCUCAUCCGGGGGACCACGGUGGAGGUAGUAGUGGAACGAGUUUCGGCUUGGAUGCACGGACUCUUGAGAUCAAGACCAAGUCCAUCGAACACACAUUGGUGCCGCUAGUUUCUCAGAUCACCACUCUCGUGAAUUUCAAGGAAUCUUAUCUAACGAAUGGUAAGCCAAAGUCUGAGAGGGCGAUUCGUUCCGCUCUAAAGGUUGGUAGUGCUGUGGAAGCUGCUAUCGAGCGGUUUGUAGCCGUUGGAGAAACGAUUGCCGAUGAAAAUCCAGAUAUUCAACCGGAGAUGUAUGACGCUUGUCACGAAGCGCGGUUGGCCGGAACAUCAAUAGCCAAUCUCUCUUUCUGCUCUACAGAGGUGCCGGACGCUCCCAUUCUUGAUAAAAGUGUGCUUGUUCGUGCAAGUCGGCAAUUACUUAGCAGCGUCACGAGAGUAUUACUUUUGGCUGAUAGAGUUCUAGUGAAGCAUAUUUUACGAGCUGAAGACAAGGUGGCUUAUUCUCUUUCUCGACUAGAAGUUUGUCGAUCCUUUACAGAGUUUGUUAAAAUUUUCGCAGAGUUUGGUGGUGAAAUGGUUGAUUUAGCUCAUCGGUCCGGCGACAGACAACACGAUCUGAAAAGCGAGAAAAGAAAAGCUCAGAUGGGUGUUGCGAGAACCUCUUUGGAAAGGCAUACAAUGCUAUUACUGACAUCGUCGAAGACACUUUUGCGACAUCCGGAUUCGAAAAGUGCUCUUCAGUGCAGAGAUGGAGUGUUUGAUCAAGAAAUGCUUGAGAUGGUCCGAAUGACAUUUAGAGUGGGAGUAGGAGUUAGAGAACGACUCAUUGGGGCUUUGGAUGCGCUUUGCGAAAUGACGCAGGAUUUUACUGAUUCCGCGUAUACUCCUCACCAUCAUCGGGAACAAAUUUUGGAUUUCUUGGAAGAAUGUCGAUUUGAAAUGACAAAUCUUAUUCUACCAGAGGAAGAUUCUUCUGAUCAUUUACGUUCCGACAGCAUUGAUGUUACGGUUGAGCGGUUAAAUAGACGCUUGAAAGAUCUUGGCAAGCAACUGCAAAUUGUUGCAAUGGACCAUGUUUCCGAAACUUUACGGGCAAAUGAGGACCAAGUGCUAUUGUCAUCUAUAAAAGCGUGUGCUGUUGCGGGUGACAUCGAUGGGGUUGAGAGAUAUAUGGAUAAAUUCAGAGAGCACGCUGAACAUAUGCAAGAGGUAUGUCGUCUGUUACACCACAUUUCCUUAACGGACGCGCUCCAUGUUAAUACCGGGCAUUGUGAACGUAAUAUGCGCUCAUUAGCACCUUUGGUUAACGAUCUCUCACGCCUUGCUAAGGAGUCAGAUUCCGCUGCUUGUGGACGUGUUGCAGCCGAGAAGCAAGCCUACAUGUCGCUUCCUCGACCAGGGGUGAGCAGUGGCGAUUCAUCAUCUUCGUUACCGCGGUUUAAUGGCUCACGUUACGUCCCUUUUCGAUUUUUUAAGCACUCAUUAGAGUCGCAAACAGUAACACGUCUCUUGUGUGACUCGGAUGACUCCAUGUCUAGUGCCUCUAUAGAAAAUCGCGAGAAUCAUCAAAAUCGCAAUGCAGUUUUAUCACAAGGUGGUGAUGAGCUCAGUUCAACGGCCUCCGCAGCUAGCGAGGAUCGCAAAGCGUUCGAGUAUCGUAUAAGUUUAAUCCUUGAUGAUUUGCGGAGCAAACACGGAACCACUUCAAAGCCAUCUAAACCGAUCACACUGGACAUUGAGGCGAUGUCAUCAAUGGCGUAUAAUAUGUAUCUAUUCACUAGGGGAGAUGGUCCUCUUAAAACAACUCAUGAUCUAUUCACCCAAGCAGAAUUCUUUGCAGAACAGGCAAACAAGAUGUACAAAACAGUACGGGAAUUUAGUUAUGAGGCAACAAAAAGUCGAAUAAGGGAAUUGUAUGGAACUAGAUAUGUGGAUAUGCAGGUGCCUGCAUCGGCAGAAAAAAGCGAACUGUCAACGAUACUCGAAAGGAUUCCGGUUCACUGUCAACAACUUCAGGUCCUCGUUAAAAGCCCGACCGUUGGGAAAUCGGCGACAUUUGGAAAGGUAGAUUCCGUGAUACAGGAGACGAAGAACUUAAUGAACGAGAUCGCUAAGCUCGUCACCUCAUCCUUUGUCUGCGCUACUAAGUACGAAAUCGAGUUCCGCGGUGGAUCUAUACCUCGAGUGGUUGGCGAUGGUGGAGCUGAACUGCGUACUUCGAGAGAGUCGACGGUUUGGAGACGAACUCCGAGCAUUAGACGAACAGCACCUCCUCCUGUCAAUUAUCAUCAACACUAG